UAAAUUCUAUUUGGGCAAUCGGGGUUUGAUUUCGCAAGAAAUAGCUGCAAUGGGUUCUCCUCGAUCCCAAUCCGAUCUCCACAAAUCCUAGGACUCGUCGUUCUAUCUCAUGCCAACAACUCCGAUUCCGCCAUUCCUCAAUCCAUCUCCGGCACUUUUCCUGAAUCCCGGAGCGUAAGUAUUCCGCGCUUGAUUGAGCGGGAUGGAUUCGGAGGAGGAAAUCCCUACAUCCAAAUCUGCGGAUGGAAAGAAAGGAUGGGAGAGUGCUAAUGUGGUACUACCUUUGGAUGAAAUUAGGGCGGAUUCCUAUGACGAGGUCGCUCCUGAAGAGCUGCACAGGCGUGUUGGUACCUCUGAAAGUUGCUUUACUGAUCCAGCACUUUCCGUUUUUGAAUCUUCAGUUGAGGCGGUAGGGUCUCCUCCGGCGAGGCCUGUCGUAGAUGAAUCUAUUUUGGAUGAACCGAAAGAGUUCAAUUGCUACUCGAGUCAAUCUUCUCCAAGUGAUACAGCAGUAGUGGAAUCGAAAUCGGUGGUUACAAAGGGGAGUGGGCUGAGGAAAUGGAGGAGGAUAAAGAGGGAUUUGAAAAAAGAUGGAAGUAGCAGUGCUGAUUCUGCUCAGAUUCUGAAGCGCAGGCUGACAAAUACCGAGCCUUCCAAGAGUGACGAGGAGAAUAAGCUGAAGAGUAAGGCUGAGGAAGAGGGUGAAGAUUCGGCACCAUCAUUGGAGUCACGGAAUGCCUACAUCAAUUCUCCUCCAGUUGGUACUGGAUCCCUGGACCUGGAACUCGAGCGAUUGGCAAGUGGCGGAUUUUCCAUUGGAGUGGAUUCCGAUAACAGUGAGGAUCACAGUAGCAAAUCAUCUACAGCUACCAGUGCUCCGCGGCUGAGGCAUGAAAUGCUUGCAUCAGGCAAGGAGAGAGGGAGGCAGAAAAAUUUUGGUGGGAGAGGAUCAUCCCGUCUUGGCUUUCAGAAAGUUCAACAGAGCAGAGAUGGGACAGUUGAUGUUAGCAAAAACACUAAGGGAGAUUUGGCUAGAUAUGAGAAGGAGAAUUCUAUUUCUAGCGUGGAGUCUGAUUUGAGAAGCGCUGUUGUUGGAGUUGCGCAGAGGGACAGUGUUGGCGACAGUAAAGGAAAGCAUAAUGGAAGGUCCUUGAAUUUUGGUGAACAUGGCGAUGAGGCUCACAAAGGAGAAGAGGUUCGCUCAGGUUACUAUAAAGAGAAUGGGAUGGCGGAAAACCUAUCUAGAGAUGAUUUGGAGGCUGAGCUGUUGGCGGAGAAAAAGAGGAGUGAGAAUUUCCAAUCAAGUUCUGAUGUCGAUCCUUUUUUUAAAUCAAUGAUUUUCCUCCAAGAGGCUCAAGAAGCACUAGAAAAAGAAAUUGAAGAGAUUGCUGCCACUGGAAAAGAAAACGAUGAAAAUGGUAUGCUGUUUGAAGGAAUGGCGACUUACACUCAAACACUUGAAGCCUAUGUAGUUGAUAUGAGGAAAAAGGUUGAGAAUCUGGAGUCCAAGCUGGAGGAAGCAUCAGCAGUAAUUGAAACUAAGGAACAAAAGCUGCGAGAGCUUGAAGCACAACUUAGCAAAACCCAGUUGCCGAAGAUGGAAGGCGCAAGUUCUCAUGUAUUACCUAUUAAAACGCAUGUAGAAGAAUUGGAUUCUGAACUUGAAGUCCUCCUAGUGGAAAAGAUAGAGGCAGAAAUUGAGUACUUGAUAACAAGUAGAACAAUACAGAAUUGGAAAAUCCUCUGCGAAGAUCAAAUUGCUCUAUUUAAAGAGCAGAAGUAUCUGGCUGGUGAUCAAGAACAGAUGAUGCUAAAGCUUAGAGAAGCUGAGGACAAGAUCAUCUUGUUCAUUGAGCAGAAAGGCAAGUUAGAGGCAUAUUGCAAGGAGCUGGUAGAGACUGAGAAUGUCCUGAGGCUGCAAAACAAGGUCUGUAAGUUUUCCCUCCGUAUUAUCGUUCAGCUGAUAAUUUUUAGCAUUGCAUUCGGGUUAUUUCUCAUGCAGUUGUCCCCAAUUGAUGGGGUGAUGCCAACAUAGAUUUCAAGCCAAACCUUGUGUUAUCUCCAUGGCCUCAAAAGUUCUUUUUAGGCACCUAUAUUUGAUUAGCUGAAGUGAUUUUGUUGCAUAGGUCUCUUUGGUGCAAUUAUUUUUUAAAUUGUAGCUUUUAUCUUUAAUUUUAUAAUUGCAAU